GUAUUGAGUCCAGUCCUUCAAUAGAGACUUUCUAGUUACUUGCAUAGGAUUCUGACAUUGUACAUGUUUAUGGAGGAAGUCUAAUUCGUCGUGUAUCGAGUCUAUUUAAAAUGGCUAACUUUGGAUAUAAAUUCGUUCUAAUGUUCUGUGGUGCUUUGAUUGUGUCCAUUUCUUUUGAUGUUGGAUUAUCAUCUAUAGCGACCUCCAUUCCGCCACCGGCUUCACAAUCCAGCAAUCAGCCGCUGUCGCCGGCUUCGCAUUACAGCAAACAGCCGCCGUCCCCAGCUGUUCACUCCACUCGACUUCCGGUCUCCACGAAGGCGGUGCACCACACCAUCAGGUACAGGACGGGGCUGCUCAACCAUCUGGAAAACACAUGGGCGUUUACCUACAACACCCCAGCUUCGUAUUCCCUUUCCACGCCACCGGAGUUCUCAACGGAGCUGGGUCCAGAGUCCCCGUCCUCGUGGCCUGUGGAUCUCGCUCCUCUGGCAUCAUCAUCUUUUCGUGCUUCCGGAAAGGCUAAAGUCACGUCCAAGCGGGGCGCCUACGGCCCCCCUAAGACAAUCUACCUGGUGGUGCUUCUGCCGGAAAACGAGACGUUUAUGUACAGCAUGAGGCGGGUCUAUCCGGCCAUUACUAUAGCAACGGAUAUUGUGGUGUCGACAAAGCUUCUCAACGGCUACAAGCUAGAAACCCUCUACGCUGAUUCCAAAUGCCACAUAGGUGCCCCGAUGAAUGAGGCUAUCAAGGUUUACAUGCAAAGUAAACUCCACGUGUUCUUCGGCCCAGUCUGCGACUACUCGAUGGCGCCGGUAGCAAGACAGGCUUUUUAUUGGAACAUUCCAGUGGUAAGUGAUGAAAAAGUUCGAGACUUAAGCCAUGUAUCCCAUGGUCAACAAGACCAAAUCACGAGCGGCGCCAUGGCCGGCGACUUUAAGGCCAAUAGAAUGGAGAUGUAUCAGACCCUGACCCGGGUGGGCACCAACUACAACGAGCUCAGCUCCUGCCUCAUCUCCAUCUUCAAGUACUACAACUACCACAACGUGGUCCUCUUCUACGACGGGGACGGCCACAGCAAGGUCAUGUACAAGCUGUGUCACGUGGUCAUCAACGCCAUGUACGAGAGUUUCUUAGAGAGCGGGCAGCGAAUGAACUUUAAUAUCUCCAACCACCCAGCCAAGUACAAACACAUUGAUGAUGUCGAGGACCUCCUCAAGAGCAGAGUCGGCACCCAGUAUGGGGUGGAAUGA